GUGGUUGUUUUUUUCACGAUGUGCAAACAGAUGAGUUGGAUAUUUGUUGUCCUUAUAUUUCAUGACUAAAAUGAAACUCUCUUUCUUCAACCCCCCCACAGAUAAGGGCUCCAUCAUGACUCACAGUGAAGAGGAAGAUGGAGCCGAGAGGGACCAGCAGCAGCCUCUCAUUCUGGAACGAGUGGAGAAGGAAACGGCCCAAAGCUGGCAGUCCGUUGUGUCGCAUCGUCUGAAGAAACACUGCGUGUGCACCUCAAAGAAAGCUAAAUCCAAAAUACUGGGCUUCGUCCCCAUCCUGAGAUGGCUGCCACGCUACCAGCUCAGGGAAUGGCUGCUGGGCGACGCCAUGUCGGGGCUGAUUGUGGGGAUCCUACUGGUCCCUCAGUCCAUAGCCUACUCCCUAUUGGCCAGUCAGGACCCCAUAUACGGUCUCUACACUUCUUUCUUCACCUCGAUCAUCUACGCGAUCUUCGGCACUUCCAGACACAUCUCAGCGGGGGUGUUCGGGGUGCUCUGCCUGCUCGUGGGUCAGGUUGUGGAUCGGGAAUUGGCUUUGGCAGGAUACCUCACAGGGAGCGGCGGCGGCAUCGGCGGUAACGAUAGCGCCGUCCUGCUGGCUGACCUGGGGACUGGCACCGUCGGGGUGGGAUGUGACAAGAGCUGCUACGCUAUCGCGGUGGGAGCAACACUUACCUUUACUGCUGGGGUUUACCAGGUGCUGAUGGGCAUCUUCCAGGUCGGCUUCGUCUCAGUCUACCUCUCGGACUCCCUCCUCAGCGGCUUCGCUACAGGAGCCUCCCUGACCAUCUUCACUUCCCAGUUCAAAUACCUUCUGGGCCUGAAGAUCCCCAGGCCUCAAGGCUGGUUCGUUCUGUUCAAGACCUGGUACAGCUUGCUCGCCAACCUGGCAAACACCAACGUGUGUGACCUGGUGACCAGUUUGGUGUGUUUGCUCAUCCUGAUACCCGUCAAGGAGCUCAACAAUCGCUUCAAAGCCAAGCUGAAGGCUCCAAUCCCCUUCGAGCUCUUCGUGGUGAUAAUAGCAACACUGGCCUCUCACUUUGGACACUUCAACACCGACUACGGGUCGGACGUGGCGGGCGACAUCCCGACGGGCUUCCUCCCUCCCCAGCUGCCGAUGUGGACUCUGAUCCCCAACGUGGCCGUCGACGCCUUCUCCAUCGCCAUCGUGGGAUUCGCCAUCACCGUCUCACUGUCGGAGAUGUUUGCCAAGAAGCACGGCUACACGGUGGACGCCAACCAGGAGAUGUACGCCAUCGGCCUCUGCAACAUCCUGCCGUCGUUCUUCCGCUGCUUCACCAGCAGCGCUGCACUGACCAAGACCCUCGUGAAGGAGUCCACCGGGUGCCAGACUCAGGUCUCUGGGCUGGUCAGUGCCCUUGUUCUGCUGCUGGUGCUGCUGGUUAUCGCACCUCUCUUCUAUUCCCUUCAAAAGUGUGUGUUAGCCGUCAUCAUCCUGGUCAACCUGCGCGGAGCUUUACGGAAGUUCCUCGACAUUCCCGGCAUGUGGCGGGUCAACCGCGUGGACGCCGCCAUCUGGCUGACCACCAUGGCGACCUCGGCGCUGGUCAACACAGAGCUGGGUCUGCUCGUGGGGGUUCUGGUGUCCGCCCUCAGCGUCCUGGGCCGAACCCAGCAAGCCCGGGUCCUGGAGCUCGGCCGGGCUCCAACCAGGGAGCACUACGAGGACCUGUCUUCUUACCGCGGCCUCCGGACGCAUCCCGACGUGGCCGUGUUCAGGUACGGGGCUCCAAUCUAUUACGCCAACCAGAGCAUGUUCAAGAAAUCUCUCUACAAGUGUGUGGGGCUCGAUCCUGUGAAGGAGAAAACUCAGCUCAUGAAGUUCAAGAAGAAGAACAAACGGCAGCAGGAGGAGGUCGCAGGAGUCCCAAAUAUGAAGUCAGAGAGUGACGGUAAAGAGGAGGGAGCGACUGUAACCCUGAUGCUCCACAAGAAGCCCCGUAGCUUACGCGGCGUGGUGAUCGACUGCAGCUCCGUCUUGUUUCUAGACACUGCCGGAGUGAACGCUCUGAAAGAUGUCCGCAAAGAUUACGCAGAACUCCGGAUCAAGGUUGUCCUGGCCCAGUGCAAUACCUCAGUACUGGACUCACUGGAAAGAGGGGGAUACGACGGAGGAGAAGGUACCAUCUUAUUCUUCACCAUCGCAGACGCCGUCGCCUACGUCCAAAGCCUCUCCGCUCCAAACGGAGAUUAUGGCGGCAAAUGAGAGAUCUGUUUAUCCAAAUCUGUUUACAUUUAUGCAAUAUCCAUUGUUACCGAUGUGCCUUGUGAUGCUACGGUAUCACACAUCUACCCUACACGACUGCUGCAGACAAGUCUUUAUUUCACACAGUUUCAGCACGAUCCUGUGAUUCUAGAAGCAUUUAAAGUCGUCCUCAUAGAAACGAAGCCAAAGAACUUAUAGAAACAAUGAAAACUUCACUUUGAGACCCAUUUUAUUAUUCGUGUACAAACACCCAAAGGACUUCUUGAAAAGUAACAAACUACAUAUUAUUUAUAUAUAAAUAUUUAUUUAUAGGUCCGUCCUAAAUCAAUUUGAAUGACUCUGAAAUUGAAAAUGUACAUCUAAUGUAUUAGUACAAUAGCCGUUUACUUCCUACAUCUACUGUAUAACACAUUACAUUUAGAAGUUUUUGAUCUCACUAGUAGAGUCCCUACAAUAUGUAGUGACAUGCAGAGUGGAUGAAAACAUGUAUUAUAUUUCACAGCAAGGACUGUAGUUAACUAUAAUGAUAUACUAUAACCGUCGUGGAGCUCCUGUCCAUCAUUUGCAAGCCUGUGAUUAUUUUGGUCAGAUGACGUCUGUUGGGAAGAGUGCAAAAAAAGUCUUCCUUUUUAAAUGCAUACUGUGCAGUUCUUCGACAACAUGAACCAUGAACGUACUGUAAUUGAUGGUCCACGAUGCGAUUUCCUCUCAGGCCGGUGGUCAUGUUUACACAGCCGUAAAGCAGUAGGUGACCUGUGACUGACUCGAUGGGAGAAGCUCGACUCGAGCGAACAAAGCAGUGCGUUUCUGUGUACUUUACAUUCAGCAGCCUCCAUGAAGCUGAACUGCAGUUUAUAGCGAUGCCCACACACACACACACACACACACACACACUCAAUGUUUUCAUAUCAGGUCCUUCGUCAUAUGAUUGACGGUCACCUUUUACUGUUGCGAUGUACAUCAUUUCUUUCCAUAAGCUCGUGAGUCACAAUCUUCUCGUUACCGUUUCUUUAAAGUUUUUUGUUUUCCGGUUAUUUCAUGAGAACAAAGGUCGUGUUUUUAACGUGAACGGUCUCCUUUUUAUUUGAAUAAGCUGGCAGGUCUCUACUGAACCAUGUGUCACUCUGAUGGAGUACUUCCUGUUUGCUGAGGGUGACAACAUUACUGACCGUUACUGUAGCUCGGUGAGUACAUGAUUAUCAGCUGGAGGGGGGGAGGGGGGCAAAGUUUGAAAGAAAAGCACUUUUGUGUGAACGCCGUGUGAUAUUAGCUCCAGGACACGGUCACGUUGAAUUUAAGGUAGAAGCUCAAACUAGCUCACGUCUUUCUGUGCAAGAGAUUAGCUCAUCACACUAGGAGCCUGUAUGUUAUAUUAAAUGCAUUCAUUUGAAACUAUUGUUUAAAUCAUGGCGGUCCAUUCAUUUCUAUUUCUGUAAUAGAAGGGUUGGUUACAGGGUGGUGUUCUUAGUUAAAGGUUAAGAGUUUUUCACACGGGCGAUGCAAAACAGAUCAAUGCACCAGCAAGAGGAAGGGGAGAAGGCCGCUGGAAUGAACUCUCAUUAGUUAAACCUGAAGGAUACCCACAAUGCAUUCUGUUCAGUAACACCGAAUGUAAACACGACUUUAGUUUGUUCAAAACAAACCUCCACAGGGCCAAACAUGCUGUACAUUAAGGUCUUCUGUAAAGUUAUCUGAACUGCCUUGUUGUUGAAAGAUGCUGCAGAAAUGAACCUUUCCGUUCACACACAAACAUAAAAGGGAGAAUGAAUCCUGUUGGGGAUAAACUCAGUGCAUCUACAUUGUGUUUGUAGCUUUAUCAUGCUUUUAUCCUGACAAGUGAAUUACAGGUUCGCGCAUAGUUUUAGAUUAUUUUGUAUACAUUUAUAAAUAUGUUAAUCUAUGCAAAAUAAGUCAACUUUUAUUUUGACAGUUGACUUGGCGUCAAAAUGUCAAGUCUUCGAAUAAAGUUUGUUGCCUUAAAUCGCUGUGCUUCAG